AUGCUGGCCCCAGACAUGUACUGUGGAACCUGUGCCGGCAAUUGGGCACUGCUCCUUCGGCUGCUGGAAAGGCCACAAUUUCACGACAGAUCGGGCAUUCUGAAAUUUGAUUCGGCGCCUCAAGGUACGGGUCAGGGUCUUGCAAGCCUUGCUGUAGUGACUGGCUCCAUCUUUGACGCUUUCGCCUACGACAACCCGGUGACGAGCAUGAUGUUUGACGCACGGCGCAUUGUGAGCGCGGCGGGCGAGGACGUUGUCAAGGUGUAUGACAAGAUGGAAUCGCGGCAGUGGGACUGCGGCGCGGGCAUCACGCAAGCCGAGGAGAACAGGACGCCAGCCAUUGUGGAGCAUGUACGCAUCCGGGACGGCUACCUGGUGGAGGGCCGCCGCGAUGGUCUGGUCGGUGUCUGGGCUUGCUAG